UCUUUGCAGGUUCAAGGAUUUGUGAUUCAAACAAAUAUUUGAAUUUGAAAUGUCCAAACUUGAAACAGAGAAACCAAACUCAACUUCAAGCACCAAAACCGAACAAGACGAUCCCCACAUUUCCAACAAAGAACAGUUCACCCAUAUCUCACCAAGAAGCCCUUUGAGCACACACACUCCUGAAAACGAUUCCAUUGAUUUAACCAUCAAUAGUCACAACUCUAUUGAUCAGCUAUAUGACAAUGUAUGUGAAAUGGAGAGCUCUGAUCAAUCCCCUUCAAGAUUCAGUUUUAUAUCAUAUGGUCAGGAAUCAAGAAUUGAUUCUGAGCUACGUUAUCUUGCUGGUGGCGGUUUUGCAAAAGACGAGCUUAGCAAAAAGGAAAACGUUGGUGAGAAAAAGGAAACCUCUGUAUCGAGUGAUGAAAAAGAAGUAGAAGAGGUGGAUGUUACUACACUUAAGAACAAGAAAACGAGACAAUUGUCACCUGCUAAAUCUUCGACUUCUGGAAAGCUUCCAAAACCAAAUCCAAAGAAGAAGUCAGGCUUAAGGGUUAACCUAAAGAAAAAUGAAAUGAAUUUGAAUAAAAAUGAGGACCCGAGGUAUCUUGGGCCAUAUUUACUUAAGCAAGCUAGGGAAGUAUUGUCAGCGGGUGAUGAUCAAAAUAAAGGACUCAGUAUUGCAGUAAGAGCUAUGAGGGCUAUUGAAAGUUAUCAGUCUGAAAAACCAGAUUUGGAAUAUGUUAUGUGUUUGCAUAUUGUAGCGGCAUUGUAUUGUGUCUUGAGAAAGUAUGAUGAAGCUAUUCCCAUUGUUGAAAAAUCGAUUGAGAUCACGAACAUUAAAGAAGGAAAAAAACAUUCGUUGGCUAAGUUUGCAGGGUGUAUGCAGCUAGGUGAUACGUACGCAAUGCAAGGAAAUAUUGAGAAAUCUAUACUUUGUUAUAAAGCAGGUUUGGAGAUUCAGAAACAUGUUUUGGGUGAAUAUGAUGCUCGGUUUGGUGAAACGUGUAGGUAUGUAGCCGAGGCUCAUGUUCAAACUAUGCAGUUUGACGAGGCAAAAAAGUUAUGUAAAAUGGCUAUCGACAUACAUGGAAAGAACGGAAUGAGUAAGUCGUUAGAAGAGGCUGCAGAUCGGAGGCUUAUGGGGUUUAUUUGUGAUUCAAUGGGAAACUAUGAAGCUGCAAUCGAGCAUUAUGUGUUGGCCCGUAUGGCCAUGUCAGCAAAUGGGCAUGAUUCUGAUGUUGCUGCUAUUGAUGUUUGUAUAGGUGAUGCUUAUUUAUCAUUAGCUCGUUAUGAUGAAGCUAUUUUCACUUAUCAGAAAGCACUCAACGUGUUUUGGUUAACAAAAGGAGAGAAUCAUCCGUCAGUAGCUUCGGUUUAUGUUCGUUUAGCUGAUCUUUACAACAAGAUUGGGAAGUUUCGGGAAUCUGAAACAUACUGUGAACACGCAUUACGUAUUUACAUCAAGCCAGCUUCCGGAAGCCAAAGCGACGAAAUAGCAAAUGGGCUUAUUGAAGUUUCUGCCAUUUAUGAGUCCAUGAAUGAACUAAACCAAGCACUUGACUUACUGAAGAAAGCACUCAAGGCUUACGGGACAGCUCCUGGUCAAUUGACAACGGUAGCUGGAGUUGAGGCUCAGAUCGGCGUUUUAUGUUACAUGAUGGGCAGUUAUUCUGACUCGUAUGAUUACUUUGAAGCUUCCAUUUCAAAGUUUCGGGCUGCUGGGGAGAAGAAAUCUGGAGUUUUCGGGAUUGCUUUGAACCAAAUGGGACUAGCAUGUGUGCAGAUUAAUUGGUUUGAGGAGGCUGCUGAUCUGUUUGAAGAAGCUAGAAGCGUUUUGGAAACAGAAUACGGACCUCAUCAUCCGAAUACACUUGGGGUUUAUGUCAAUCUUGCUGGUACCUAUGAUGCAAUGGGCAGGUGGAAUGAUGCAAUUGAGAUAUUGGAUUAUGUUGUUGUCAUGAGAGAGGAGAAACUCGGAACAGCAAACCCAGACGUCGACAAGGAGAAACGAUGGCUGGCCGAGCUGCUAAAGGAAUCUGGCAGGGAUCGGAGCAAAGGAUCCCGGCCACUUGAAUUCCUUCUUGAUGCCUGAUCAGCCACUUCUUCAUACAUUUGUGUUUAACAUACUUUUGUAGCCUUUUUUUUUUUUCCUAUUUCUAAAUCACAAUUAACUUCGGAACCACACUAUUAGCCGCUUAUACAUACAUACCUGAAAGUGUAAUUCAUAUAUUAAUUUUUUAUUAUUUAUUAAAGUAACUAUUUUUAGUAA